AUGGCCUCGCGACUUCAAAUGGAUGAGAAAGUUGAUGGGGGCCUGCCAAAGGAGAACCACAAGGACGAGAAGAGUGACAACAAUGAGGAAAGUGCAAUGGCGAGGAAAGUUGGCCAAGAGGGCCAUCGAUCUCUUCCUUUCCGGGAAGUUCUACUGGAUAAAUAUGGCUGGCUCCGUUAUGACAAGACGACUCGCACAGCAUACUGCAUUGCUUGCGCUAAGUACGACCUUACUAAUGCUUUGGAUGUAGGUGUAACCGAGUUCCGGAGAGUCACCGGCAAGAGGGGCACUUUCGCUGCCCAUAAUAAGUCCGCUGAGCAUUGUCAGGCUAUGGAGAGAAUGAUGUCGGAGGAACGGCGGGGAACAGUUCUCCACCAAGUUGGUGGCACCAACUGA